UUCUAGGUGAAAAAGAUUAUAAAACCCUACCCCUUGUUCUUCGUUUGUCAAAUUUAGAAUUCCACAGAUCGCCGCAGCCGUCAGACUAUACCAGAUGGCCACUGCUUUAGCGUCUGAGAUUGGUGAAAUUUGGCCUCCCAAUAUGGCAAAAUCAUCGGCUGUUGAAGAACGAUCGUUGACUGCUCAUUGGAUUUCAGAAGACAAUCUCGUUUCAGGUACUCCAAAAUCAGAUGCGAGAGAUAUUAGCAACAAAACAAGCCACGGGAAAAACAGGGUCCUCGGUCUUCCUCGAAUCCCAGCAAAUUCAGUUAUCCGGGCCUUGAAAGAUAGGAAGCAACGCCAGAGCCAGAGGAACCGUAGGUCUCAGCCCAGCAGCAGCAGAAGUUGGUGGUGGCCUGAGCUAGGGUGGUCUGCGGUUGGUAUGGUUAUUUCACAGAGACCAUCCAAGGAAAGUGUGGUUCAAACUUUACACAAAUGAAUCACAAUUGUUACAACGACGUAUUUUCUAAGCUUUAGUUGAAUAACAAGUACAUAAUGAAUCUUGAAGAUUA